AUGUUGCCAUGGAGCAGCGUGCAUAUCUUGACGAGCCCUUACCUUUGGAUCCUGCUCUUCCUGGUCGGAGGCGCAGUGCCCAUCAUUUACUACUUGCACCAAAAACACACCUACUGGCUUCGCCGCGGAGUGCCGUUUAUACCAAUAUCAAAGCUACUGUCCCAGUUUGUGCGGUUGAUGUUGGGGCGACUUCAAGUGUGGACGAUUUUCGAGGAGUUCUACGUGUCGCUGGCUGGGCACAAAUUCGGAGGGAGCUACCAACUGACGAGGCCAACGCUCAUCCUCCGCGACCCCGAGCUAAUCCGAAGUUGCCUCAUCAACAACUUCUCGUGCUUCCACGACCACCAAGGGGUCGCGCCCUGCCCUAAAGUUGACCCGCUUUCUCACAACCUCUACCAGCUCACCGGUGAGCAGUGGCACCAGGUUCGGCAGAAGGUAGCUCAAGCGUUCAGCUCAGCAAAGCUACGACUCAUGUACCAGACGCUUCAGGGCUGCGCGGAGCGACUGGAUGCUCACAUUUUGCGGCUGUGCUCAGAGGGAGAGAAGGAAGAAAUAGAACUCUGUGCCAAAGAGCUCAUGGGCAACUUCUCCAUGGAGAUCAUCGCCGCCUCCGCGCUGGGCAUCAAGAGCGAUGCCAUUCAGGACCCGAACGACGAGCUGAAGCGGAUGAUGGACCGCGCCAUGGUCUUCUCGUGGAGCCGCUUCUUUGGGAUGCUGGUGCAGCUGCUUUCUCCGCGACUGGUCAAACUCCUCGGCCUUCGGUCGGCGGAGAAGGAAGUCGAAGAGUUCUUCGAGAGGAUCAUCAGGGACACCGUUCAGAUGAAGAGCACCACCGAAGGAGAGACGAGGAAGGAUUUCCUUCAGAUCCUCGUCAACCUGCGUCACGCUGAGCAGAAUAACCCUCAAACCGCCGCUGACGUCUCAGUGAUAACGGAUGAUGUGAUGAUGGGGGUGGUGAGUGCAUUUCUGGCGGUCGGUUACGACGCAGUGGCGGUUGUGUUCGCGUUCUGUCUCUUCGAGGUAGCACAUCGCCCGGACGUACAAGACAAGAUGUUUCAGGAGCUCCAGAGCCUCAAGACCCCCGCCGCCGUCCAACUACCCUACGACCAACUCAAGAAUCUCCAGUAUAUGGAACAAGUCAUAUCCGAAACACUGCGAAAGUAUCCGGUGACGGUGAUGUUAGGGAGGACCUGCACGGAGCCAUUCCGAAUCCCGGGAACGUCGGUGCUCGUGGAAGAAGGUGUCGACUGCUUCAUACCGAUACUUUCCCUCCACCACGACCCAAAAUACUUCCCAAACCCGGAAGUCUUCGACCCAGAUCGUUUUUCUGAUGAGAAUCUUCAUAACAUCGUCCCAGGAUCAUACUUGCCUUUCGGGGAUGGCCCGAGGGCCUGUGUCGCGUAUCGUCUAGUGAUUCUUUACAUGAAGACCAUGCUGAUGACGAUGGUUUCCAACUACACGAUUCAUCGAUGCUCCAGAACUCCAAGAGAGUUGAAAUAUGACGGAGGGCGUUUUUUCCUCACACCGAAAGGUGAUCUCUGGCUUCGCCUAAGGAGAAGGAAAUGA